AUGCACACUACUGUGAACUACUUCAGACAGUACAGAGAAAGGAUUGGAUUUGGUGGAUAUGUUGCAAACCACUACUCCCUAGAACAUGCUUUUUUCUUUGCAUUAAAUGUAGACUAUGCUACGUUAAAAAUGGACACACUGUUGGAAAUAAUUAUGAAAAAUGGAAGCACAGCUGGAAAUAGCCCUCAUUGCCGAAAACCGUCAGGGAGUGGUGAUCAAAGCAAGUCUAAUUGCACAAAGGACAGCACGUCUGGUAGUGGGGAGAGUGGAAAAGGCUACACCAAAGACCAAGUAGACGGAGUUCUCAGCAUAAACAAAUGUAAAAACUACUAUGAAGUCCUUGGAGUUACGAAAGAUGCUGGUGAUGAAGAUUUGAAAAAAGCUUACAGGAAGCUCGCUCUGAAGUUUCACCCAGACAAAAACCACGCACCUGGGGCCACAGAUGCUUUUAAAAAGAUUGGAAACGCUUAUGCUGUUUUAAGCAAUCCAGAAAAACGGAAACAGUAUGACCUCACGGGCAGUGAAGAGCAAGCUUGCAAUCACCAAAACAACGGCAGGUUCAAUUUCCACAGAGGCUGCGAAGCAGACAUCACUCCGGAAGACUUGUUUAAUAUAUUUUUUGGAGGCGGUUUCCCUUCAGGUAGUGUACAUUCUUUUUCAAAUGGACGAGCUGGUUACAGCCAUCAACAUCAGCAUCGACACAGUGGGCAUGAAAGAGAAGAGGAAAGAGGAGAUGGAGGUUUUUCUGUGUUUAUCCAGCUGAUGCCCAUUAUUGUAUUGAUCCUCGUGUCAUUAUUAAGCCAGCUGAUGGUCUCUAAUCCUCCCUACUCCUUAUACCCCAGAUCUGGAUCAGGGCAAACUAUUAAAAUGCAGACAGAAAACUUGGGCGUUGUUUAUUAUGUCAACAAGGACUUUAAAAAUGAAUAUAAAGGAAUGUUGUUACAAAAAGUAGAAAAGAGUGUGGAAGAAGAUUAUGUGACUAAUAUUCGAAAUAAUUGCUGGAAAGAACGACAACAAAAGACGGACAUGCAGUAUGCAGCGAAAGUAUACCGGGACGAGCGGCUGCGGAGGAAGGCGGACGCCUUGAGCAUGGACAACUGCAAAGAGCUGGAGCGGCUGACCAGUCUUUACAAAGGAGGCUGAGCUGGGGGUUUCAUCUGUACCUUUUAGCAUACUCUUUAUUUUUUCUCUGAGUUUAGUUUCCUCAUGAGAGCUGAAGAGAAAGAUUCGAUGUGAAAAACUAAACUGUGUAGUUGGUUUCUGAGACCUUGGACCGUUGGCUUCUGUAAAGAAGCCAGCUAUUGGCUUCUCUCAAUAGUAAGAACCGAAAACUAAAACUAAUAUUUUAGUUAUGCUUCUGCAGUUAUUUUAUUUUCAAAAGCGUAUGAUUCCUAACUAAAAAUGUCUUGAGUAAAGAUGAUCACACCUGUAGCAAUUUCCAGUUUUAGUGAUUUUUCCAUUUUUUCCCUUGUCAUGUAAAUAUUUAUGGAAUGAUCACUUUGUGUACAUACAGAUAUUACUUUUUUAUUUAAAUUAUUUUAGUGUUUAGCUCCAUGAGACACUUUGGUUUAAAUUGAUGGAAUAAAUGUUAGAUGACACAGUUAUACUUUCUUCGUCAGGUGUCAAACAUGUGGCGUGUAAAUGAAACUUUUUCAAAAUGAAACAGAAACAAAAGCUGUUUAACUUUGUGUACAAUCUUAUAGCAUUAUCAGCUUAGAAGGAAUUGAUAUUUUUAUUAUUGCCAUUAUAUUCCAAAAUAUAUAUUGAGAUAAAUGAACUGGCAUAGAGUAUCAGUUUGCUGUUUAGUUUUAUGAAUUGCUAAGCCAUGCAUAGAAAUGAAAUGCUAUACUGAUAACUUUAAAGAAAAUAAAAUAUGAGGAAUUGACUAUAAACACUAAGCUAAAAGGGUCUUCAACAGCAAAUUCCAAAUUUAAUGAUUGGAAUCACAAUUUCAAUAAUUAAAAGGUUCCUAAAUGUUUAUUUGUGUAUCUUUGAAGACUGCUAAAAUUUAUGAGGAAGAGGGUCCCCCUAACUCUCCCCCAAUGGAAAUUUCAGUUUCUUAGUGAUCACUUAAUCAGGAUACAAAAGUAAGUGGAUUUUCCUAAACUAAGUAACAAGAAAAAUGACUACUAAAAUGUAGAUUUGUGCCUUUUUUCCCUCUUGCCUGCUCCUAAACCUGUGAAUAGAUUAUGGUCCACUCUUGGAUCAGAGCAUGCUCUGUGGCCCCACACAGCUGUGAGUGGAAGUAGAGCUGCGGGUAGAGUAGUGAUGAGUAGCAAGUCAUCCUUACAGGAUGGUGAGCUGAAAUUGGCUCGCCAUUGAGUAAUGCCAUCUUGUAGGAAUAAGCUCCUUAUAAUCAAAAUUGUAAUAUUAAUUAAAAGAUAAACAGUUGAAGAUGGAAGUCUUUGAUGCCCAUAUAUUGGAUAUGAAAUUAUUUGACUUCUAGUCUGCUAUGCUUAUUUAACAACAUAUCUAUAUAAAUGUAUUUUUUAUUUUUAGAUUUUUUUAAUUGUUGUUAUAGAGUGUAUGUAUUCACCAGAGAGACAGAGAGCGAAAGUGAG